GGAGGAUUUACCUCUUGGUCAUAUUAGGGAUAAUUAUUUCAUGCUGUCCAAACCAAGAGAACAUCUCAAGGGGGGGAAGAGAAGGGUCCAGGAUGUUAAAAGGUUGAAGUGGAUUCACCUGGUCAGUCUGUGUCAUGACAAGAGCAGAGGUUCCUGUAUGAGCCUUGUCCCAGUCUGGUUGGUAAUCCUCGUCUGAAAAAAGCCUGUUGUGGCGUGGGACUGAGAAAAGGGGGUGAGAUAGACAGACAGACAGACCCAGCCUGCAGUACGGAGCCGCAGCCUCGAAGCCAGGAGCCACUCAGCAAGGACCUGUCACAUCACAGUACUGCAGCCCCACAGAGGACCCAGGCACCUGAAGAGCGAGAGAGAAGAACAGAGAGCAAAAGAGAGCAAAAGAGAGGAGACCAAUCACAGGGUACGGCGAGGGCACCACACCACAUCACACCAGCCAGAAAUGCAAACACCACCAAACUUUUGGAGAAACGACUCAACUUUUUUCCUCUUGAUCAAAAGGAGACCUGUGCUGAGUUACAUAGUACCUGAUAGUUGGGUGAACAGCAGUGUUAUACUGUUCUAGAGUGAGUUCUAGGGUGAUCCGAGAGUGUUCCUGAGAGUUCCGGGAGAGUUCCAAACGUGUUCUAGAGUGAGUUCUAGGGUUAUCCGAGAGUGUUCCAGAGAGUUCCGGGAGAGUUCCAAGCGUGUUCUAGAGUGAGUUCUAGGGUGAUCCGAGAGUGUUCCCGAGAGUUCCGGGAGAGUUCCAAGCGUAUUCUAGAGUGUUCUAUACAGUGUUCUAGAAUCUUUUCAUCGGCCAUAGGAUCUGUGGGAACUAGAGCCAGACAGCAGGAUGAGUGCCACUGAAGACAUAGCAAAGGACUACUAUGACUACCCUGAUUGGAACAUGGAGAACCCUGUGCCUACCAAGGUCCCAGCUGAAGUAAUCCCACCAUGUGACCCUACAGCUGAUGAUAGACUCUACCACAUCUGCAUCUCUGCCAUUUCUCUGGUGGUCAUGUUGAUCCUAGCAUUCCUUGCCAGGAGGAUGAAGCUGGCGGAUGGGCAGAAAAGAAGUUUACUCAGCCCAGUGAACUUCCUGGACCACACGCAACACAAGGGCUUAGCUGUAGCAGUGUUUGGAGUGCUGUUCUGCAAACUGUUUGGUCUGGUCAUAGCACCAAACCCUCUUCCCUUCACGACAGACCAAGCCAACAAACAGUAUUGGAUUAUCGUCUCGCUGUUCUACUACCCUGCUCUGUACUUCCCUCUCCUGGCCUGUGGAACGCUUCGUAACGCCGUGGGGUACGUCCUGGGCUCCCUGCUUUCCUGGACUCACUUUGGGGUCCUCGUCUGGCAGAAGGCCGACUGCCCCAAGACACCAGAGAUCUAUAAGUACUACUCCCUGUUGGCCAGUCUGCCCCAGGUAUGUUGCCUGGCCUUCCUCAGUUUCCAGUAUCCUCUGCUGCUGUUCAAGGGCCUGAAGGGGACAGAGAAAACUACUGCUGGCGAGGACCUGAGCAGCAGCUACUACAAUGACUACGUCAAGAAUAUACUAAAGAAGAAGAAGCCUUCCAAAACCAGUACAAGCACAGAGAAGCCCACACUGGUGGAGAGGAUAACUGAUGCUGUGAAGUCCUACAUCUACAUACCAGAGGAAGUUUUCCGGUUUCCCCUGAAGCUGGCGAUAUCUGGAGUAGUGUCAUUUACCGCUCUUUACCAGAUGGCUUUGGUGUUUGUGGUCAGCGUGGUGCCGACGCUCCAGAUUGUCCGUCAAGGCAUCAACGAAGACAUCGCCUUCCUACUGGCCGGUUUCAACAUCAUAUUAUCAGAGGACAGGGCCGAAGUGGUCCGGAUAGUGGUCUACUACAUGUGGUGUGUAGAAGUGUGCUACCUCUCUGCGAUGACCCUGUCCUGCUCAGUGAACCUGGUCAUGCUCAUGAGGUCCAUGGUCCUGCACCGGUCUAACCUAAAGGGGCUGUAUAGAGGAGACAUCUAUAAUGUAUAUAACUGCCAGAGGAGUAUCAGACCAUCUCGUCCUGCCCUGGUCUGCUGGAUGGGAUUCACCAGCUUCCAGGCUGCUCACAUCUGCUUAGGUAUGCUGAUCCAGACCAUAGUGUUCUUCCUGUGUCUGCUGAUCGCUGUGUUCCUCAUCAUCAUCCCCAUCUUCCACGGACAGAACCUCAUGCUCUUCAAGGUCCUGGGGAACAUGUGGCCGUUCUGGUUGAUGCUGUUCUCAGUUGUAGUGGUCCAACAUGUCACCACCAGGUUCUGCUUCAUUAAGAAGUCUGCAGGGACACGGGACCUCCACAACAGGGGUAGUCUCUUCCUGCUGACCUACCUGUUGUUCCCGGUCAAUGUUCUGAUUGGUGUGGUGCUGGGGGUGUGGCGGCUGGUCAUCACGGCCCUGUUCAAUAUCGUCCACCUGGGGCGCAUGGACAUCAGCCUCCUCAACCGCAAUGUAGAGGCCUUUGACCCCGCCUAUCGUUGCUAUGCUCACUAUCUAAAGAUUGAAGUGAGUCAGAGUCACCCGGUGAUGAAGGCCUUCUGUGGGAUGAUGCUGCAGUGUGCCAGGCAAGACGGGGCCGAAAAGAAGGCAAGAGAUGCAGAGGAAGGCAUCCAGCUAGUCAAUCAGGAGAAGAAGCCACAGCAUAAGGUUUCCAUCUCUAAACGGGCACGGGGCCACUGGCAGCUCCUCUACACCCUGGUCAACAACCCCUCACUGGUGGGCUCCAGGAAGCACUUCCAGCGUCAGAGCAACGAGAGCUUCUUCAACGGAACACUCAACUGGGCUGCAAAAGAGGGGAUGAAGAAGGAGGCAGGAAACAUGGAGGCAGGGAAGGAAACGGAGGCAGUGACUAACUGAGACUGAACGUGUCCCCCAGGCUUGUGGUCAACUCCAUUCCAAUUCAGGAAGCAAACUGAAAUUUAAAGCUGCAUUAUGUAACUAUUUGGGUGACCUGACCAAAUUCACAUAGAAUUGUGAGUCAUAGAUCUGUCAUUCGCAUUGAAAGCCUGUCUGAGAAGUGGUAGCUCUGUUCUGUGUGCUAUUUCUAUGCUUCCCGUUCUUAAGUUUUGGUUUUGUACACCAGCCUCAAACAAGAUUUUUGCUUCUUAAAGAUAUUUCACAGUGGUUUAGAUGGUUUAGAUUUAUUAUGAUCCCCAUUAGCCGACGCAGAUGGAGACAGCUAGUCUAACUGGGGUCUGAUACCAUGGAGACAGCUAGUCUAACUGGGGUCUGACACCAUGGAGACAGCUAGUCUAACUGGGGUCUGAUACCAUGGAGACAGCUAGUCUAACUGGGGUCUGAUACCAUGGAGACAGCUAGUCUAACUGGGGUCUGAUACCAUGGAGACAGCUAGUCUAACUGGGGUCUGAUACCAUGGAGACAGCUAGUCUUACUGGGGUCUGAUACCAUGGAGACAGCUAGUCUAACUGGGGUCUGAUAGCAUGGAGACAGCUAGUCUAACUGGGGUCUGAUACCAUGGAGAAAGCUAGUCUAACUGGGGUCUGACACCAUGGAGACAGCUAGUCUAACUGGGGUCUGAUACCAUGGAGACAACUAGUCUAACUGGGGUCUGAUACCAUGGAGACAGCUUGUCUAACUGGGGUUUGAUACCAUGGAGACAACUAGUCUAACUGGGGUCUGAUACCAUGGAGACAACUAGUCUAACUGGGGUCUGAUACCAUGGAGACAGCUAGUCUAACUGGGGUCUGAUACCAUGGAGACAGCUAGUCUAACUGUGGUCUGAUGCCAUGGAGACAGCUAGUCUAACUGUGGUCUGAUGCCAUGGAGACAGCUAGUCUAACUGGGGUCUGAUACCAUGGAGACAGCUAGUCUAACUGGGGUCUGAUGCCAUGGAGACAGCUAGUCUAACUGGGGUCUGAUACCAUGGAGAAAGCUAGUCUAACUGGGGUCUGAUACCGUGGAGACAGCUAGUCUAACUGGGGUCUGAUGCCAUGGAGACAGCUAGUCUAACUGGGGUCUGAUACCAUGGAGACAGCUAGUCUAACUGGGGUCUGAUACCAUGGAGACAGCUAGUCUAACUGGGGUCUGAUACCAUGGAGACAGCUAGUCUAACUGGGGUCUGAUACCAUGGAGACAGCUAGUCUAACUGGGGUCUGAUACCAUGGAGACAGCUAGUCUAACUGGGGUCUGAUACCAUGGAGAAAGCUAGUCUAACUGGGGUCAGAUACCAUUGAGACAACUAGUCUAACUGGGGUCUGAUUCCAUGGAGACAGCUAGUCUAACUGGGUCUGAUACCAUGGAGACAGCUAGUCUAACUGGGGUCUGAUACCAUGGAGACAGCUAUUCUUAAUGGGGUCUGAUACCAUGGAGACAGCUAGUCUAACUGGGGUCUGAUUCCAUGGAAACAGCUAGUCUAACUGGGGUCUGAUACCAUGGAGACAGCUAGUCUAACUGGGGUCUGAUACCAUGGAGACAGCUAGUCUUACUGGGUUCUGAUACCAUGUUUUGUCCCUUUUAGUAACAAGGAAAUGGCAGAGCUCAUACUGCAUCUUUUAGAAUACACAUUUCCUUAUUGCUUUUCAAUGAGGGAAUAUUGGAAUUGGAAUUUCAUUUGACUGAAUUGGAAUGGCCUUUGUAGGUGUAUGGAUGGCUCUUGGGCAGAUUAGAACUGUAGUAUUAUAUGUCUAUGCAUUGAUCUGACUGCUUGCCUCUUUUUUUCAUGCAAGUUUCCCAUUGACUCCCAUUGAAUCAAUCAAUCAAUGAUUUCUGAUUUAUUUUUUUUGAAAAUGGAAGGAUUAGAUCUAAAUGUCGUAGACCUUCUAGCUCAAAUGCCUCAGGAAGUCUGUCUUCUGAGUGGCUACCUGUCUAAAUGGCACCUUAGUUCCUAUAUAGUGCACUACUUAUCAGCCCUGCUCCAAGGUAGUGCUACAUCGGGUGAUCGACCUGGAUGGAUGUGUGUUUUGUUGUCUGUCUCUUUGUUUGCAUGGCUCUGAUGGCCGUACAGAAUCUCUAGUCUAGCAGGAAAGGUCGUGUGGCACUGAACUCCUGUCUGACCAUAGCCUGCAAGCCUAACUGAUACACUCCAUUUCACCAAUGGAAACAGAACAUGUCAUCUUUGGAAUCCAGGCUAGUUUGACCAUGUAUACGUGGUUAGAAUGUAACUAUUUAUUAAUAUACAGACUGCUCUGUAAUGGAAGGUUAUAAAGAAACUGUUCAUUAAUUAACACUGACUGGUGUAAAUAUCUAUUGUACCCUGGAAGCCAAACUGAAUUGUUCCAAAACGGUACAAUUCUGUUCUGAUUCCAGGCUAAUAAAUAAUAUCUAUGUUGAAAAUGUUUGAAAUGACGAUUAAAACGUAGACAGAUUAAACUGUUUGCUUGAACUCUUUGCUGUAGGUCACCUUGUACCUCUUAUAAAAUAACUCUACUAUAAUUCUGCUGAUAAUGUUUUGGAUCGUUAUUUUUGGGAUUGUUAUUUUUCUCAAUUUAUAGUUGUGAAAAUGUUGCUGUUCAGGAUCGUCUACUUAUUCUCGCUGUGUGUUGCAGCCAUAUUGCAUUUCAAAAGUGACCGUGACUCAAGUAGCUUUUGAAUGAAAUCAAAUUAAUUUAUGCAUGAUUAACAUGAAAUUAAAACGAAAGAUGACGAAAGA